CUAGACCAACCUUAGCCAGGACCACACCAUUCCCCUCCUUCCCUUCCUGUAUAUAAGCCGCUCCUCACCCUUCCCUUCCACAUUUCAUUUCAUACACAAGCUUCUGUUUCCUCACCAACACCAAAACACAUCCAAUAACACCCAUAAGUAAUACUGGUUAGCUCAGAAUCUUCACUACCCAGCAAGCAAGAAACAAAAGAAAGAUGAAGAUGAACACUGCUGCUAGCAUUGGAAGCUCAAAGAGAAGGCUUUCUAGCAGAGGACUUGGCUCUGCCUUUAGAGAACAAAAGGCUAGGCUUUAUAUUAUAAGGAGAUGUGUUGUCAUGCUUCUUUGCUGGCAUGACUAGUUACUACUCAUCAUCAUCAACCUCAUCUCUUACCUAGACAUGGCCAUGAAGCUGAAGAUGAAAGAAGAUGAAGAUCUUUCUUUCUUUUAUUUGUUUUUUUCUUUUCUUUUCUUUCUUGGAGGAGUGUAAAUAGCUGCGGCGGUGGAGCUAGAAAAUCUUCGAAACAAAAUUUUGUUGUGGGAUUGGCCUUCUUUAAUUUAGAUAUAUGUACACACAUCGGAUAGUAUUAAUUAAGAAUCAAGUCCUUUAUGUUAUAUGAUCA